UCUCUUGGUUGAUGGCGCAGUGCAUUAUGGGAUAUCGGUAUAAAAGGUAAAUCUCCCGCCUGGUCCCAGCCAGUUCCAAGGUGGACGGUGUGCGAGAUAUUUAUUAAUUACUGGAAUUGAUACAAGUUGUAAUGAUUGCUGUCGAGUCGGGGGUAUCUACACCUUUCCCUCAACCUGACAUAGACAACACCGCCAUUCUCACCCCGUGUCUGGAAACACAGGGGUUGCGUGAUUUCUUAGAUGAUCCAGCAUCCUUAGACGCUGACUUUGAUCCGACCGUAGCUCUUGAGGAGCUUUUCCGUUACCUAGGUGACGAGCCUCCAAAAUAUGGAGGAUCCGUGUCAGAGCUCGGAACUAGCGUGGACGCUCCCGCUAUGCCCGUUGGUCCUCACUGGCGCCCGAUCAUGCAUGACAUGCACAGUUCGACAAGCCCCAGCGACGACGGGUUUGACUUCUCCAGCCUGCUCGACUUGCCACAGUCACUUCCACACAACAUAUCGGCAUAUCCCGCAACGCCCGAUGUCGAAAUGCCGUUGUCAAAACCGGUUCAGGAUCCAACCCCGCCCCAGAGUCCGUUCCGCCAGCCACUGUCGAUGCCGCCCAGUCCGAUGUCGACCAGCGAGGAGGACGAGAAGUCGAACAUCCCGCGACACAAACGCCCGGCACACAAGAGGGCUGAGGUGAAACGACGUGGAAAAAUCAAGACCAAAAUUGAUGACUUAAAAGAAAUAUUGCCACUGAUGCAGAACCAAAGAAAAAGUGAAACUGUGAUACUGAACCGAGCGGCUGAAUUCUGUCGCCAACUCAAAAUGGAUAUGGGAAGGCAUGGCAAGGAAAGGGAAUUCCUACGAGCUGAGAUUGUCGCCUUGGGUGCCGAAAUUGACAAUUUCCAGAAAGAGCUGCCGGCGGUGGGAAUAGAAGCCGGGCCACACGAUACGAAGACCAUGGAAGAGCGGUACACGGAGUACAUGCGGAGAGAGGUGAAGAAGAACUGGAAGUUCUGGAUUUUCAGUUUCAUAGCGAGGCCGUUGUUUGACGCGUACAAUAAAAGUGUCUCCACUUCAACAAUGCGAGAUUUCCUGGCGACCAUUGGUCAGUGGACUCGAAAUACUCUCGGACUACUCAACCUUAGAUCAGUUGUCAUGAAAGGAGUUCUCCGUAUCAGCAUGGAGACGGAUGUGAUGGCCAACCCCGGACGUUUGCCCCAGGAGGCGAUGGCUGCCGUGUCGUCCUAGGACAGGUUCCUCUCGGGGCGUUCUCGAGAUGAUGCACGUUUGUACAUAUUGUACAGAAACUAUUUUUUAUUGGUGUACAGAGACCGAGUCAGAGUAGAACAUGGGACCUGCAGUGAGAAAGUGGCUCUUACAACUCUUUUUGUUCAGUUUUCAUCAAAUUGUAAAAAAAAACUUAUAAGGAAAAAAGUAUAAUUUGUUAUCAAGUAAAUAAGUUAAUUGUUUUUCGACAUAAAAACUUGACUUUCAGAUGUUGAAUUGUGGUGCUGUAAACCGAAAUGCUAAAUACUCAUAGCUAUUGUUGUGUAGCAUUAAAGUCAUGUGUAGUGUAUUUUAGGGGUUGUACCGCGGCUGAGUUAUCAUACUGGAGAUUGUCACUUUACUAGCCCGUGUGCCAGGGUCAGUGCUUUGUUUAUCGGUGUUCGGUAUAGAUUAACUUGUUGGUAAAAUGGAUAUGGGGGGGGGGGGGGGGGGGGGGGACCUCAAAGUUUUUAUUACAUGUUGCUAGACUCCAUUAACUUAUUUAUUCAGCACUAUUCUCUAAAGGUCGUGUAGCUUUUUUAAAUACAAGAAUUUCCAAUCUGAAAGUCAAACCCCUCUUAUAUCAUGUUUUGGGGUUUUUAAUUAUUAUUUAUUGUACAUGUAUGUACAUUUAAAUAAAUCAUGUAUACACUUUUUUUUUCAUCAUAAACAUGACCAUGUCUGGUGUCUCAGGAAUUCUGUUUGAAAUAUUGUCUCUAGUUUCGUAUUCAUGACAUGGUUCUAUUCACAAAUUGAGCUCAUCAAAAUUUGUCAUUCUGGAAACUCUACGAACACCUUGGCCAGUUAUUAAAAUUACAUAGGUUUUACUUAUGUUUGUGCUGAGGUGUUAGGGGUGGUAAAAGUGUUCAGCUUACAAUGAAAAUGCUGAAACAAUGUUGUUCAAAUCUGGCAAUCCAUUGUUGCAGUGCAAACUUGGUAAAUGGCCACCUGAAAUCUUAGAAAUUCCAUAUGUUGAAUUCAUCCAUUAACCAAUGAAGAAUAAAUACUACAUUAUUUGUUGAACUUAAAUUUUAUUCAUUUGCCACCGAUACAGGGUUUUUAUCAUCUUUAAAAGUAGCACGUUGUUUGAGAACAGUAUAUUUACUCCAUGCACAGUUUAUAACUAAGCAUGAAAAAUGGGCAGCAGUAAACGUUAAAAAUCACUGCCUACUAAUGAACACACUGCGAUACAUUUGUAAUUGGUCGAAUCAGGUUGUAUUUUGCUUGCCAGCAUUCUUCAUUGUGUAGUGUCUACCUUGUCGGUGAAAUCAAAUCCAGGUUUUUUCCUUCCAAGUUGGUGAUAAUCAAGAUGCUGUUUCACGACUAGCAUAUUGCGGAGUCAAUCAAAUGAACACCUUCAGUUUACAGAGGAAUGACAGGUUUUUACACAUUUAAUGAUCAUGUCCAAAUCAAUGUCUAUUUUGUACAGAUUAGAACAUCUAGGUUUACAAACAAAUAUAACAAGUGUAUUUGUACUGUGUUUUAUAUGUUUCUUUCACUCCAUACUCUACAAAGAUUAUAAAUUGAAAUAAUUCUGGUUUGAAUUGAAUAUUAAGUUAAAAAUGAAUUUCACUUUUAAAAAAUGUAGACAUUUUGAGCAUUAUAAGUAUCUGUAUUCUAGUUCGAGAUAGUCGGCCAAUGGCAUACUAUUGUAUGCGGUCUUUUGAAGUAUAUUUUGUUGAACACUUUUACGUUCAAAUUCCGCAUGUCAAUGUGAAUUUUGGUUGCUACAGUAUUUCUACAUUGAUCGUGCUUGUUAACUGUUUGUGAGUAUUUACAGCAGUACAUGUUUUAAGUUAAUAAAAUGUAUUUUAUAAUUA